AUGUCCUAUGACCGUUACGUGGCCAUCUGCAAACCCCUGCAUUACACAACCAUCACGUGCAACAGAGUCUGCAUCAAGUUCCUUAUUGGCUGUUACAUGAUUGCUCUGAUCAUCGUCCUCCCACCCUAUAUCAUGGGCUUUGAGCUCGAGUUUUGUGACUCUAAUGUCAUAGAUCCCUUUGGCUGUGAUGCUGCUCCCAUCCUGAAGAUCACCUGCUCAGACACAAAGUUAACAGAGCAAUUUGUCUUGGUCACGGCUGUGUUGACACUCCUGUUCACCUUGGUGUGUGUAAUUAUGUCCUAUACAUACAUCAUCAGGACCAUUCUCAGAUUCCCAUCUGUGCAGCAGAGGAAAAAGACUUUGUCUACAUGUUCUUCCCAUAUAAUUGUGGUUUCUAUGACUUACGGAAGCUGCAUCUUUGUCUAUAUUAAACCAUCUGCAAAAGAAGGGCUCGCUAUGAAUAAGGUGGUGUCAGUGCUUCACCUCAGUUGCCCCUGUAAUGAACUCCUUCAUUUAUAUUCUGAGGAACAAGCAAGUGAUACAAGCUUUCAAAGACAUGAUCAAAAGGGCUGCAUCUACCUUGAAGAACUAAAGGACUGUUGA